GCGAUUGCCAACACUGUUUUAGAGAUGCUCCAAAACCACCAGAAAUGUCCGAAAAAGUAAACCUCAUAGAUCAGGCGACCUACACCAACCUGAAAGCGCAAGACAAGGACGAGGACAAGGAUGCGACGACCAAGAUCAUACUGCGCAGCUCCAAGUUCAAGAACAAGCACAGGAAGCCGGAGCAGCAGGCCUCGCUUCUGGACUUUGUAGUAAAGCCGCGACCCAAGACCCAAAGGCAAAUCAAGGCUAGGAAACUUCAGAGGCCCCAUUUACCUAUAAUAAACAGUAGUUAUAUGGUAGGCAAACCCAAGGGGAAAACCCGAAUUGACCCCAAAAAGAAGAUCACCAAGUUGAAGAGAUCCGUACGAAGUUAUCGCACCUUGAAGAAGGCGGAACGGGAGGUCGCGCAGCAAGAGCCCGAGGAAGAGAUCCAACCGGAAUCCAUUCCUGUGGAGCAACAAGUCCUGGAGCUAUCCCUCGCUGAAAUUCCCACACCCAAAGUCAGUCCACAAGGAGAGGAGAUACAUUCCAUACAUUCCCGGCGUUUUAGAAGCUAUUGUGACAACUGCACCCGCCCUCGGCUCAAAGAGCUGACCCUAAAGUUGCUCAAGGAUCUGGACCGCUUCCAGAAACGCGCGUUUGCCAAGAACGAAAUCAAGGCUCGGGCACAUCCCCGCCUGGUUUUGGGCUUUCGAGAGGCUCUGGCCAGACUGAGGAUCAACAAGGUGAAACUGUUGAUCCUGGCCACAGACUGUGAGAUCUGCCCGGGUGAAAGUGGUCUGGAUGAGACGAUAGAAGGUCUCAAAUUCCAGUGUCAGCAAGGAAAAGUUUCCUACUGCUUUCCUAUGGUUAGAAGAGAGCUUUCCCAUGCCCUCCAAAAGCGGGCACAGAUCUCCUGCGUGGCCAUCUUAGACUUUGAUGGAGCUAAUGCCACUUUCGCUGAUCUUCUCAUCGAGUUAGAGGACGCUCGUGUCGAGUACAAACGCAGGACUGCUUUGUGAGAGUUUAUUGAGUGCCAAAGACAAAAAUAAAUGUGCCGAGAUGUGCACCAAACAUUGAAAAAAAA